GAAUAAAUAACUAAUUUUCCAUCUGGAGCGCAUUUUAUAUAAUCCCUGGCAUUACGCAUUCUUCACGAGUCUCCGAUUAUUUGCGCAUAAGAAAAAGAAGACAAGAAAACCUUAUAUAUCAGCGAAGCGAUCGGAAAAAGCUGUACUGAAAAUCAAUCAAUCGGAAGCUUCUCUGCAAUGGCGUCUCGGAAAGCGAUCGGUUUCGUCGGUUUGGAUGAGUUGAGCUUGGAGAUGGCGGCGAAGGCUAUUCGCCAUGGCUACGAUGUGCAAGCUUUCGAGAUAAAUGAUCCCGUCAUUGAAGAACUCGUAAAGCUUGGAGGAGUUAAAUGUCCAAGCCCUUCGGAAGCAGGGAGAGAUGUAUCAGCUUUAGUUGUCCUGAUAUCUCACGUUGAUCAAACUAAUCAUCUUAUUUUUGGGGAGAAGGGUGCUUUGAAAGAUCUAAAAUCAGACACAGUUCUUAUUCUCCGUUCGAACAUAUUACCAUCAUUUCUCCAAAAACUGGAAAAGGAUCUGGCAGAAAUUCACAAAAUAGCUUAUGUUGUUGAUGCAUAUGUCUCUUAUGGGAGAUCCGAUGAUUUGAAUGAAAAAGUCACUAUUGCAUCAUCAGGAAGACUAGAUGCCAUUGCAAGAGCACGGCCUAUUCUUUCCGCAAUGUGUGAAAAGCUCUUCACUUUUGAGGGUGAAAUUGGUGGUGGCAGUAAGGUUAAAAUGGUUACUGUGAUGCUGGAAGGCAUUCAUUUUAUUAAUGCAGUGGAGGCUCUCUCUCUUGGUGCCAAAAUUGGAAUUCAUCCAUGGAUAAUCUAUGAUAUAAUUUCCAAUGCUGCUGGAAAUUCAUGGGCGUUCAAGAAUUAUGUUCCUCUUUUGUUGAAGGGAGAAGUUAAUCAUCAAAUUCUGAACACUUUUGUUGAGGAGUUGGAAAUCAUUUUGAAUAUGGCCAAGUCACUUACUUUUCCACUUCCAAUUUUGGCUGCUACUCAUCUACAACUUAUUCAUGGAGUUUCACUUGUUGGUAGCGAAGAUGAUCUUACAGCAAUAAUCAAGGUUUGGGAAAAGGUUUAUGGGGUUAAAAUUUCAGAUGCUGCAAAUGCUGAUGUGUAUAACCCUGAGCAAUUGGCAUCUGAAUUUACUACUGAUUCCAAGAGUGGGAGAAGGGUUGGUUUUAUUGGCCUUGGAGCUAUGGGAUUUGGCAUGGCAACUCAUUUACUGAGUUCAAAAUUCUGCGUUGUUGGUUUUGAUGUGUAUAAACCAACUCUAACGCGAUUUUCAAAUGCUGGUGGCUUGAUUGGAAAUUCUCCAGCUGAAGUGAGUAAAGAUGCUGAUGUUCUCAUAAUUAUGGUCACGAAUGAAGCUCAAGCAGAAAGUGUGCUAUAUGGAGAAUAUGGUGCAGUUUCAGCUCUUCCACCAGGAGCAACUAUUAUUCUCUCUUCUACUGUUUCUCCUGCAUAUGUGAGUCAGCUGGAGCACAGAUUGCACAAUGAGGGUAAGAAUUUGAAGUUGGUGGAUGCCCCGGUUUCUGGUGGUGUUGUGAGGGCCUCAAUGGGAACGCUUACGAUAAUGGCUUCAGGAACUGAUGAUGCUCUUAAGAGUGCUGGUUUAGUCUUAGCAGCCUUGAGUGAGAAACUUUAUAUUAUCAAAGGUGGUUGUGGUGCUGGAAGUGGUGUAAAGAUGAUUAACCAAUUGCUUGCUGGAGUUCAGAUUGCCUCAGCUGCUGAGGCAAUUGCAUUUGCAGCACGUUUGGGUCUGAAUACAAGACUGCUGUUUGAUUUUAUUGCAACUAGUGGGGGAACUUCCUGGAUGUUUGAAAAUCGUGGCCAACACAUGAUAGACAAUGAUUACACACCUUGUUCAGCACUAGAUAUCUUUGUGAAGGACUUGGGAAUUGUUACUCGUGAAUCAUCUUCGUGGAAAGUUCCACUUCAGCUAUCAACUAUUGCUCACCAACUAUAUCUGGCAGGUUCUGCUGCUGGUUGGGGACGGAUUGAUGAUGCUGGUGUGGUCAAGGUUUAUGAGAUGCUAACUGGCGUUAGAGUUGAGGGAAAACUCCAGGCUCAAAGGAAAGAUGUCAUGUUACAAUCUCUUCCACCCGAGUGGCCCCAAGAUCAUGUUCUUGAUAUACAAACCCUAAAAGAAAGCAAUUCAAAAAUUUUAGUUGUUUUGGAUGACGAUCCGACAGGAACACAAACUGUUCAUGAUAUUGAGGUAUUAACAGAAUGGACCAUUGAGUCGCUGAUUGAGCAGUUUAGAAAAAGUCCAAAAUGCUUUUUCAUUUUAACAAAUUCCAGGUCACUGAGUUCUGGCAAGGCCAGUGCAUUGAUAAAAGAGAUUUGCAGAAAUCUGGACGCUGCAGCAAAAUCAGUUGACAACAUUGACUAUACUGUAGUUUUGAGGGGAGAUUCAACUUUACGUGGCCAUUUUCCUGAGGAAGCAGAUGCUGUUGUUUCAGUAUUGGGUGAAAUGGAUGCAUGGAUACUUUGUCCCUUUUUCCUUCAAGGAGGUCGUUACACUAUUGAAGACAUACACUAUGUUGAUGAUUCUGAUACGCUUGUUCCUGCAGGGGACACUGAGUUUGCCAAAGAUGCUUCCUUUGGCUACAAAUCUUCAAACCUGCGUGAUUGGGUAGAGGAAAAAACAGAUGGCCAAAUACUUGGAAGUAGUGUUGCAUCUAUUUCUAUCCAACUUUUGAGGAAAGGUGGUCCAGAUGCAGUUUGUCAGCAUCUAUGCAGUUUGCAGAAGGGGUCAAUAUGCAUAGUUAAUGCAGCUAGUGAAAGAGACAUGACUGUAUUUUCACUUGGAAUGAUCAAGGCAGAAUUGAUGGGAAAACGUUUCUUGUGUCGCACUGCUGCUAGUUUUGUUUCUGCCCUUAUGGGAAUCAUCUCUAAGCCUCCAAUAUUGCCAAAUGAUAUUGGAAUAGCUAGAGAAAGGAAUGGUGGUUUGAUAGUUGUGGGAUCAUAUGUUCCAAAAACAACAAAGCAGGUUGAAGAGCUCAAAUUACAGUGUGGUCAGUUCUUAAAAAGCAUUGAGGUAUCAGUUGAAAAACUUGCAAUGAGUCCUAUUGAGGAGAUGGAGGAGGAAAUCAGUAGAGCAGCUGAAUUAGCAGAUGUAUAUCUUAAAGCUCAUAAAGAUACUCUAAUAAUGACCAGCCGAAAUCUCAUAACUGGAAAAACUGCCGCUGAGAGUUUGGACAUUAACUUUAAAGUGAGCUCUGCUUUGGUGGAAAUAGUGAAAAGAAUAACUACAAAACCUCGCUAUAUAAUUGCAAAGGGUGGUAUUACGUCUUCAGAUCUUGCUACAAAAGCCCUUGGUGCAAGAUGUGCGAAAAUAGUUGGUCAAGCACUUGCUGGUAUUCCCUUGUGGCAAUUAGGCCCUGAAAGUAGACACCCUGGAGUUCCUUACAUUGUCUUCCCAGGUAAUGUUGGUAACAGCACAGCAUUGGCAGAAGUUGUAAAGUCCUGGACUAGUCCAAUCAGACUUACAUCAACAAAAGAAAUUCUUAAUAAUGCAGAAAAGGGUGGAUAUGCUGUUGGAGCAUUUAAUGUAUAUAAUUUGGAAGGAGUUGAGGCUGUUGUAUCUGCUGCAGAGGAAGAACAAAGUCCUGCUAUAUUACAGAUCCAUCCAGGUGCCUUGAAGCAAGGAGGAAUUCCCUUGGUUGCUUGUUGCAUUUCUGCUGCAGAGCAAGCCAGUGUUCCCAUUACUGUUCACUUUGAUCAUGGAACUUCAAAGCAGGAUCUUGUGGAAGCUCUUGACCUGGGAUUCAGUUCUGUGAUGGUUGAUGGCUCACAUCUUUCUUUCAAUGAAAAUGCUGCAUACACAAAAUUCAUAACAUUACUGGCUCACCCAAAAAAUAUGUUGGUUGAAGCUGAGCUAGGAAGAUUGUCAGGGACAGAAGAUGAUUUGACUGUAGAAGAAUAUGAAGCCAGACUAACAGAUGUUACUAUGGCAUCAAAAUUCAUUGAUGAGACUGGCAUAGAUGCUUUGGCAGUGUGUAUUGGUAACGUGCAUGGAAAGUACCCUGCAAGUGGUCCAAAUCUGAGAUUUGAUCUGCUUAAGGAGCUGCAUGCUUUGAGCCUGAAGAAAGGAAUUUUUCUGGUGCUUCAUGGUGCAUCUGGUUUGAGCAAAGAACUUGUUAAGACGUGCAUACAUCUUGGUGUUAGAAAGUUCAAUGUCAACACCGAGGUAAGAAAAGCAUACAUGGACUCCCUUGUUACCCCCAAGAACGAUCUAGUUCAUGUUAUGGCCUCUGCAAAGGAAGCCAUGAAAGUUGUGGUUGCAGAAAAGAUGCAUCUCUUUGGUUCAGCAGGAAGGGCAUAAUUCCUACAAAUUUACUAGCUAGGAUUAUUGGUGACUAUCAACUUCUUAUUAUUUUGCUAUUAUGUUGUCUUGUAGUAAGGAAUAUCACUGCCUCAUGAAUUCAUUAUUUCCUUCAGUUCAAUAGAUGGUUUCUGAAUUUCUUAUUUACUUGCCUUGUCCUUGAGGGCAAAGGUUUCCAACGGUAAUUUUUAUUUUGUAGAAUCCCAAAAUCCCCGUUACAGUUUUAUGAUCAUUUUUUGAAUA